UGACGGCGAAAACCAGCUGCUUCAAUUUCGUUAACACAGGAAUUGUGGGCUGAAAAUAAAUAAAAUAAGGCUGGAUUCUUCUUGUUAUGUUUAAAGAAACUAUAUUAAAACUUACGUGUACCUGCUUCGAAAACGGCUUGAUGCUUACACUUAGACUGAAUAACUGAAAAGAUGUCUUUUCAGACGGUUUUAGCCUUUAUAUUUACAGUUCUAGCCUCAGUUUCCAUUGUAGCUGUGAUAAUUUUGCUAGGCUGGUUCCUCAUCUGGAAGGCGUUUUUAUCGAAAUUCCGCCUUGUACGAGAAUUACUCGGCCAAGGCAACGGUGACGAAUUCCAGCCUCUAGAGCAACAACCACAUAUAAGAGCGAAAAAAGUUCGUCGUGAAUAGAUAAUACUCGCAAGCAAUAAUACUUUUAAGCAAUUAAAAUCAUUAGUUAGAAAAUAGGAAAAAUAGUUAAUAGUUACUACUAAUCAACUGACUAUAGUAAAAAUUAAAAACUAAACAGCGGAUCUUGUAAUAUUGUAUCGCCGACAUGAAUAUCCGUUGUGCGAAGCCCGAUGACUUAAUGAGUAUGCAGCAUUGCAAUUUACUCUGUCUGCCUGAAAAUUAUCAAAUGAAAUACUAUUUUUAUCAUGGCCUAACAUGGCCACAACUUAGUUAUGUUGCCGA